AUGGAAACGCACCAGCUUGCAGACAUGCACGCGGUGGGAAACAGCGCACCACUGCUGGACAGCAGCAACGAUGUCGAGCUGCUGGAAGGGAGCGAAAACAGCACGCACACCAUCUUCACCUUCCGUCGCCCCCUACGGUCCUGCGAUACCGAACAUGACCUCAGUUUGGGGAUGGACACGACUCGUCUGAUCUGGGCGCUGCACGAGUCUGACCCGACGCCGGGUGGCGGCCCCUCCUACCACGGCACGCGGCGCGGGGUCCGCAGCCUCAGCCUGGACGGCUCGGGCGUCUUCCGCUUCCCGGCGCCCGGCGAGAGCGAGUCUUUUGUGUUCGGCAACAGCGAGGUGGCGCUGCCCGAGGCCCGCACCUACUACCACUGUUCGAUAAGGAAGCUGCCUGACUUCGGUGAAAAGGUCCACCUCAUUGGGUCUCGGGUGAAGCUGGAUCCAGUCACCGCGCCGUACGUGCACCACAUCCUGAUGUUCGCGUGUACAGUUCCGGCGCACAUGCACAACCAGUUCGACGAGUACGCCAGGAGCCAUCCGGGCUCAGAGUGCUACAGCAAGAACAUGCCUCCGCACUGGUUUUUCUGCGGGAGCAUCACCUCCGGCUGGGCGGUCGGAGGGGAGGGUGACAUGCUGCCGGACCACGUCGGCGCGCCGCUCGGCCACGAGCACGGCGGCUUCACCUUCUUCAUGCUGGAGUUUCAUUACGACAACCCUCGCAAGCACGCCGGUCUGAAGGACAGCAGCGGUAUCGAGUUGUUCUUCACGCGCUCGCUUCGCCCGGUGGAGGCGGGCGUCCUGACCGUGGGGCACGCGGUAUCGUCCACCCAGCUGAUCCCUCCUGGACAGAAGAACUUCAUCACGGCCUCAGUGUGUGCCGGAGCCUGCACGGAGGAGUACCUGCCCAGCGAAGGUGUGCAGAUCCACUCUGUCCUACUGCACGCACACGUGGCGGGCAGGUCGCUGAACGUGCGGCACAUCAGAGAUGGCCGCGAGCUGCCGCCCAUCGCUCACGACUGGACGUAUGACUUCAACUUCCAGCAGAGUCGCGUAAUGAAGGGGAAUGUGCGGAUCCUGCCCGGCGACACACUAAUCCUGGAGUGCGGAUACAACACGGAGGACCGCACCAACGUCACCAUGGGUGGGUUCUCCACUCGGAACGAGAUGUGCCUGGCGUUCGUGACGUACUACCCGCGGACGGCCCUGCACAGCUGCCCCAGUUACCCUAAUAUGGGCCACUACCUGAAGGAUCUCGGUGUGCGAUCGGUGGAGGUCGCUGGUCUGGAGCUGCCGUAA